AUGGAAGCCCUCGACAUCAAGCUCAAGCCAUAUGAUGUAUCGGAACCCCUCAGCAAGGAGCCAUGCCACUCGGAUGGCUCGGUCACCUCGGAUGAAUCUUCUACGCGAGCUAGAAGUUAUUUGACCGACGAUGUAGAAGGCACAGGACACGAGACUCUCACGGCUUGUGUCUUUCUAGAUAUCAAACAUGAAGAGCCGGAAAGCCCAACUUCAAAGGAAGAAUGCACAAGAUACGAAACAGACACGUCUCGUGUCUCACUAGAUCUCAAGCUAGCCAGUGAUCAGGACGAGGGGACGAGUCCUAGAGAAUCCAACGACCUAGAGCAGUUGGCGAAAAAAACUUUCUCCUGCAAAUUCUGCAGGAGGGAGUUUUCGACCUCCCAAGCACUGGGAGGCCACCAAAACGCCCACAGGCAAGAGAGGGCGGCGGUCAAGCACCGCCACAAAAUGGUGGACGCGGCCGUGGCCGGUCCCACGCGGAUACAAUAUGGCCACCCAUACUACCCCUACUUAGCAUACCCUAACUUCAAUAGGUCGAUUGGGGUUAGGGCACAAUCGAUGAUUCGAAAACCCUACUCCAACUACAGUCAAGCGAUGGCGCGACAUCUCGCCCAGGAAAAGAUGUCUAGGGCUUACUUGCUAAGGCCUUCACCAUCAAUGCAAGUUGAUGGAUCUCUGAAUUUAAGAGGAAACCCUAAUCAACGGCUGGGAUUGAGGGAUGGUGGAUUUCUGAGUUUAGGAGGAAACCCUAAUUCUGCCGCUAUUAAGGAUGUGGCAAUUGAUAACGGUCAUCAAUGGCUUGGAUUGGGAGUUGGUGGCGGUGGCGGUGGCGGUGGCGGUGGCGAUCAACAAGAAGCUGCAAAAGAACUUGACUUGGAGCUUAAGCUGUGA